ACAAAAAGAUACAGGUCGUGAAGUAGGUCAAGAAAUAAUUUUGGAGAUGUCAGAAGCUCUUGGAACAAAACGUUCUCCAAACAAUAAAGUGGCUGCAGAACCUUUGAAGAAGACCAAGUUAGAUGGAGAAUAUUAUGAUUUGCCAGUGACUUCUGUAGAAUCUGAAAUGAAUACUACUGAAUGGGAUUUAUCUUCAGCAUCAGCGCAAAUAGCAAAAGCUUUGAAACUAAGAAAAUACAUCAAUAGUGACAUAGCAGACAAAGUCUUAAAAAUGUACAAGACAAGUGUUCUGCCAGGUGAAAAACUUACAUAUGAGGGA